AUGAAAAUUACUGGAUUUAUUCACUUUGCGGUCAUUACUUCAUCCACCAAUGCGUUCUUGAAUGGUUUAUUUAGCGAAAAACUUUUUACUGAUAAUCAAGUUUUAUUAGUUAGUGAAGAUUCUAAUACUAUAGUAUCAGAGAUUAAAUCAAAUUCCAAUUAUUACAAUCUUAACAAAGAGAGUCAAAAUAUCUUGAGCAAUGCCUGGAACUACAUGUCAAAUGAAUUAUCAAGUAACAAAUUGAGGAAAUUAAUUAAUAAAUAUGAAUCCAAGAGCAAACCACCAACCAAUCACCAAGUACCACAAGGAAACUUUGAAACCCUUUCCAGCAACAAGUAUCAAGAUUAUUCAUUAAGAAUCAAACAAAACAAUCCAGAAGUUUUAGGUCUUGACACAGUUAAUCAAUAUACUGGUUACAUAGAUGUUGAUUCAAUCGAUCAUCAUUAUUUUUUUUGGUUUUUUGAAAGUAGAAAUGAUCCAAAAACCGAUCCUAUAGUGCUUUGGCUUAAUGGUGGUCCAGGAUGUAGUAGUUCAACUGGUUUAUUUUUUGAGUUAGGUCCAUCAUCAAUUAAUUCAACUUUACAACCUGUUUAUAAUCCAUAUUCAUGGAAUUCAAAUGCUUCAGUGAUAUUCUUGGACCAACCAGUUGGUGUUGGUUAUUCUUACUCUGGUGGUGAUGAAGUUAAGAAUACAGACACAGCUGCUAAAAAUGUAUAUGUGUUUUUAGAGUUAUUUUUCCAAAAAUUCCCACAAUUUUUAAAUAACAAAUUUCAUAUUGCUGGUGAAUCAUAUGCUGGUCAUUACAUCCCUAGAUUUGCUAGUGAAAUUAUAAACAAUGCAGAUAGAUCAUUUGAAUUAGCUUCUGUUUUAAUAGGUAAUGGUAUAACUGAUCCAUUAGUUCAAGCAGGUGCAUAUAAGCCAAUGGCAUGUGGAGAAGGUGGUUAUAAACCAGUAUUAACAGAAGAUCAAUGUUCACAAAUGGAAAAAGAUUUACCAAAUUGUGAAAAAUUAGCAAAAUUAUGUUAUUCUUUUCAGAACGCUUUGACUUGUGUUGCAGCUCAAUAUUAUUGUGAUUCAAAAUUAUUUCAACCAUAUGCACAAACAGGAUUAAAUCCUUAUGAUAUUAGAAAACCAUGUGCUGAUGAAGGUGGGAAUUGUUAUGUUGAAAUGGAUUUCAUGGAUGAUUAUUUGAAUUUGGAAGUUGUUAGAAAAGCAGUAGGCGCAUCAAAUCCAUCUGAAAUAUUUACAAGUUGUGAUGAUAUUGUUUUUAAAAAUUUCUUAUUGGAUGGUGAUGAAUUCAAGCCAUUUCAACAAUAUGUUGCUGAAUUAUUAAAUAAACAAAUUCCAGUUUUAAUUUAUGCAGGUGAUAAAGACUUUAUUUGUAAUUGGUUAGGUAAUUAUGCAUGGGUAAAUAAGUUAGAUUAUAAUGAUGGUGAAACAUUUGCUAAUUUACCUUUAAAACCAUGGAAACCAACUACAAGUAAAAAAAUUGGAGGUCAAGUUAAAAAUUUUGGUGGGUUUACGUUUUUAAGAAUUUAUGAUGCUGGUCAUAUGGUACCUUAUGAUCAACCUAAAAAUGCUUUAGAUAUGUUAAACACCUGGAUUCAAGGUGAUUAUUCUUUAGGUUAUACUCCAAAAUAG